CACAUCAAUAACACCAAAAUGUUCAUCGGAUCUUCAGUUCUAUUUUGCAGUGGUUAACAAUAGAUGCUGAUGGAACACCAAAUGCUGGUAUAGGAAGCGGUAAAACUUUUUGGAUAGGCGACUAUGACCUGUGUAUGAGCAUCAGGGUGAAUAACAAGUGGUUCUACUACACUGAAGAAAAUGAGGAUCGGAAAACAAAAGAUAUCAGCCUCCAAGCAAACUUUAAGGCGCAGUACUUCCGAGUAAAAAUACUUGGUUUAGAUGGGGUUAACAUUACCUUUGGGGUGUGCGCCCCUGACAGCUGUCAGUCAUCUGAUGUACAUAGAAUGCUGAAUGAUGGCGAACGGUCUUUUAGUGUCAUAUCCGUAACAGAUCCCAGAUCAAGUAGAACGUUGAUAAAAAAUGACCCAGGGGCUAUUGUAGCAUUGUGUAUUAUAAGUAUGUUUGUGGCAAUAGUGUUGGCAGCCUCUGCUAUAGAUAUGUUUUACAUCACACCAAAAAGAAAAGAACAUGAGGAUAAGAUAGCAAAGUAUGAAGCAACCACUGAUGAGGUCAAUCUGGCAUGUGUUGAUUCAAAUGAUAAACAUGGUACCCAAGCGUCAAGUUUUACUAUGGAAGACCAAUCCAACGAUAAUGAUAAUGUACCACUCACCAAAGGUCAUAAACCGAAAGCAUACACUCCAGCAAUCUUCCCCAACUGAUGAGUGUUGAUGCUCCCAAAGGCUCGUAUCUCGCCCUAAAUUGU